UUCUAUCAGGCACAUCCCAUUCUUGAAGAGAGGGGGACCGAGAGACACUCGCCGUGUCCAUGUUUUUUCCUGUCAUCCCCGCACGAGUCUGACUGUACCCCUCAGACUUGACCAGAAACGCAUCUCCAUAUCGAGGAAUUUACUCUGCAGUUUCACCAGAGGACACGGGAGGAGACGCAGCCGCUAAUGCUUGCGUUCCCUUAAAUAUGUAGCUGACAAAUAUUAACUGAACGACUGAUUACGCUAACGUUACUGCGUAAAACAUUUUUGAGACUAUAGUGCAGGACAUGAUCUGCACCUGACCAGCCUCGUGUCUUCAUUUAAUGGACUGAACGACACGAGAUAAAGUUCGUCGCGCGCUGAAGAACUUCUUCUGUACACUGGCAUCGGAAGCCCUCUGCUUUGAACGGAUAGCUAUCUUUAUUAAUUCCCAUUAAAGCUACACAAUCAAGGCGCGACGGCGACCUCAGUCGAUUAUCUUUCCUUUCUUUGCUAUCCCAUGGAUAUUCACUGCAAAGCAGACCCCUUCUCGGCGAUGCACCGGCACGGCGGUGUGAACCAGCUAGGAGGGGUGUUUGUGAAUGGCAGACCCCUACCUGACGUGGUCAGGCAAAGAAUCGUGGAGCUCGCGCAUCAAGGAGUCAGACCUUGUGACAUCUCAAGACAGCUACGGGUCAGCCAUGGCUGUGUCAGCAAAAUUCUCGGAAGCUAUCAAAAGGAUCUUAUAAGAUAUUAUGAAACCGGCAGUAUUAAACCUGGAGUUAUUGGCGGCUCCAAACCAAAAGUGGCGACUCCCAAAGUUGUGGAUAAAAUCGCAGAAUACAAGCGGCAGAAUCCCACAAUGUUUGCCUGGGAGAUCAGAGACCGACUUCUCGCCGAGGGCGUAUGUGACAACGACACUGUACCAAGUGUUUCAUCUAUAAACAGGAUAAUUCGAACCAAAGUUCAGCAGCCUUUCCAUCCAUCUUCUGAUGGCACAGGAACGCCUCUCACAACAGGACACACCAUAGUGCCCAGCACAGCUUCCCCACCUGUGUCAAGUGCUUCCAAUGACCCUGUGGGGUCCUACUCUAUUAAUGGCAUCCUCGGAAUCCCUCGCUCCAAUGGCGAAAAGAGAAAACGGGAUGAUGUUCUCUGGAGUGGCAACCACUUGGAUGGGAGGAAAAUAGGAUAUUAUGGUUCAGAUGGCUCUGGCCCAAACAGUGAUUCUCAGGGUAGUGUGGAGAGUUUACGGAAGCACCUGAGGGCUGAUGCCUUCACUCAACAGCAGCUGGAAGCUCUGGACCGGGUGUUUGAGCGGCCGUCAUACCCCGAUGUCUUCCCCACGUCAGAGCACAUCAAGCCAGAGCAGGCUAAUGAAUACUCACUACCAGCACUGAACCCUGGACUGGACGAAGUCAAACCCAGUCUGUCAACCAGCGCCAGCUCAGAUUUGGGCUCCAGCGUGUCACAGAGCUACCCGGUAGUGACAGAGUCGCAUUCAUCGUCCAUGUGUGUUAAGCAGGAGCCGCACGAGGCUUCCCUGGCUCCUUUCACCCCUUCCUCACUGGCAGUCACGGGUCUAGCGGAACUGUUGCCCCUCCAGCCCAGCGUGUCAGUAGAUGCCUCCACCCCCUGCUACAGCGCUUAUGCCCAUCAUGCCCCCAGCUACGGCCAGUAUGCAAGCCAGCCUAUUAUAGCAGGUCGAGACAUGGCGAGCACAACCCUACCAGGGUACCCACCUCACGUUCCCCCCACAGGGCAGGGCAGCUACCCCACCUCUACACUUGCCGGAAUGGUCCCUGGAAGUGACUUUUCAGGAAAUCCCUACUCUCACCCACAGUACACAACCUACAAUGAAGCUUGGCGGUUCAGCAACCCCGCGUUAUUAAGUUCCCCUUAUUAUUAUAGUGCCGCAUCCCGGGGCUCCGCCCCUCCCACUGCUGCCACUGCCUAUGACCGCCACUAGUUACCAUGGCAACCCAAUCAAACUGCAGGACCAUGGCCGCGGCCUCCAUAUCGUACCAGUCUGAAUGCCGUAAAGGUCAGAGGGAUUGAAGAUGGCUACACAAUCUUCAGUUUCAUGGGGCCGAGAUUGGAUUAGGAGGGUCAAGCAACAGCGGGUUUCCCCCCAGACAUCAACCAUACCCCCCACCCCUACACACACAACAUCAACACUAAGGCCCUCAUUCUCUAAAUCACUGAGCAAUGACUGAACUAUUACCUGAAAGACUUUGAAAGAUUCUACAAAAAUAUAUAUAUUAUACAAGAUAUAAAACAAGUCAAACCGUGUGAAGAAUACAAAGUUACAAUUAAUGUGUUGCUGGUUUUUUCUCUCUCUCUUUAAAUCAAUCAAUACAUUCCUUUACAUACUGUAUUUAGUGUCGCUAACACAAGGUUGUCUGAGGCCUUUAAAAUAAUUUGCCCAUGUCCAACCAUUCCACUAGUGUCUUACCUCUCACGGACAGAACAGCAAAGUGUACGACUCAGUUGAGCAUAAAGAGAAUACUGCAGUAUGGAAUUUGCUCAAGUUUCUGUCAAACAGACAAGUCUUAGAGAAGCCAUCUCUGACACAUGUUUUAACAUUUUCUGUGAUACACAAUCAAACUGGGGGAAAAGUAUAAUAGAAAAAGAAAUAUCAGGUCUUAGACACUGAAAAGGUUAACUGUUCCUGUACAUGACCUGAAAAGAAAUCUGCAUAUUAAAUUAUUGUUUUGGUUUAGCUAAUGGUUUGUGUGCACGUGUGCAUUUAUGUGUGUCAUACAUUUUUGGGAUAUUUCAUUAUAUCAUGUGUAAUCUCCAAUAUCAUGAUCGGUGCCGCUCUUUUCUCGUUUGCACUAUUUUGCAUUACUGGAUUUACAGUAUAAGUACAAAUAAUUACAAUUGUCUUCUAAAUCUGUCAGAUUACAUGUUAUAUUUAAGAAAGAAAAGUAAGAAGGUCUACCUUAACUGACAAAGUAACAGCAGCAUUGGACAAAAAUACAUUUGCUGUUCAUUUGUUUUUAAACUAUACAUUAGAAACUAGUAUCUGUCUUUUUAUCCUUCAGUGUGAAUCAAAGGAUUCCUUUUGAAUUGUGUAACUGAGGCUACUCUGACUGGCUCAGUACCAAAAUAAUCAUGAGUAGUCAUCAACUGUACUACAACAAGUUCAACAAAUGCCUUACAGCUUUUUUAAUUUAUUAUUUUUUUAACGUUUGUCUAUGGUCCUGAGAGGUAGACAUGCAUGUAACCCUUCUGUGGUUGAACAGAAGUUUCUCUAAAUGCUAAGUGGGACACUGAGGUUAGAAAUGAAACCAUGCAUACACUCCUGGAAAUGUAAAACGAAUGUACUUUAUACCACGUUUGCCAAAGACUUAGUUUGAUAUUUAAUAUUUUAUUUGCUGUAUCUGUCAAUAAAACAGUAUUAUGUUUGAA